AUGAUGGAAAAUGAGAAUAACGAUGGUUUGAAGAUGCAAUCCUCAGACAGGAGCGAGGACGAGGAAGUAGAAGAUGAAAGUAAGACCAAAAACAGUGCAAGCUCGAGCAACAGCAUAGUUGAGGUUGAGGAGGCUGAGAGGAAGACCUCCAGCUCUAGUGGAGUGCGGCCAUAUGUUCGAUCCAAGGUGCCCAGGCUAAGAUGGACUCCUGAUCUUCAUCUUUGUUUUGUCCAAGCAAUAGGGAGACUUGGGGGUCAAGAGAGAGCAACCCCCAAAUUGGUUUUGCAACUAAUGAACAUAAAGGGCCUAAGCAUUGCUCAUGUCAAGAGCCAUUUACAGAUGUAUCGUAGCAAGAAGAUUGAUGAUCAGGGUCAAGUUAUAACCAGUAGUGGACAGCUCACGGGACAUCUUAUGGGAAGUGAAAAUCACCUUUGGCAACAAUCCAUGCUUCAUUGUGUUAAUGAAAGGGUUACCCCCAAAUUCAGAUAUGGUGACUUUUCUUGGAAUGGUCAUGGGAGCUGGAUAUCAAGGCCUUAUUUGACUGAGAACAUGUAUAUUAGAACAGGAGAUAGCCUUCAUGGGUCAGUAGCGGAAAGGAUUUAUGGAGGUACUGGUUCGAACAUAAGGGAUAUUGGAGCUUUCUACAUGAAUGACAACAUUGCUUUCGCUGAACAAAGUAGAAAGAGAAAACUACAAGAGUUCAGAGAAGAAUUUCAGUGGCUGUCUAAUCACAAUUCCAGCGAAACCCAGACAAGAUCAACCCCCAUAGAACCAUCUUUCAAUAAUGAAUUGCAUGGAAGAGGAUGGGAGAGAACAAACUGUUUUCAGAAUUCAAUCACAGUGAACACCAAGUCUAUUAAUGUUAGCGGAUAUGGAGAGCAGAACAUAGGGAAAAGGAAAGCUUUGCAUGAUGACAUUGAUUUGAGUCUAUCACUGGGCAGAAGAUCAAGACAAGAGGAAGUUAAGAGAAUACCUUGGGUUGAGGAAGAAGUGGAUGGCAAUUUAUAUCUUUCUUGUUCCUCUUCUUCAGAAAGAGGCAACUAUUCUAUAGAUCUCAACAUGCCAUCAAAGCUUAGCAGCUUGAUACAAGAAAAUAGUGCGAAAAAUAUGAAAUUGGCGAGUACUAGUACCCUUGAUCUGACUAUAUGA